UUUUCCUUUAGCAGCUAAAGCAGCUUAAUUUUUGACCAUGGACAAAAAUUCCAGUUCAAACACAGUAGGAUUUUGUGUGGAAGAAAACAAAGAUAACAUAUAUGAAACUGUCCUUGGUGAGAUUAAGUAUCUGGAGCUACCACUAGGAAUCACUUUAGGGUCUGUAUAUGAUGAUCAACCUAAUGCACACCAAAAGUUCAUGGAAAAAUUAGAUGCAUGUAUACGUAACCAUGACAGGGAGAUUGAAAAGAUGUGCAAUUUUCACCAUCAAGGCUUUGUGGAUGCUAUUACAGAACUACUUAAAGUAAGGGCUGAUGCAGAAAAACUGAAGGUCCAAGUUACUGAUACCAACCGAAGACUUCAAGAUGCUGGAAAAGAGGUAAUAUUUGAAACAGAGGAAAUCAUCCAGUGUAGACUUCAGCAGAGGAAUAUUACAACAGUAGUUGAGAAGCUUCAGUUGUGUCUUCCAGUAUUGGAGAUGUACAGCAAAUUAAAAGAGCAGAUGAAUGUAAAAAGAUAUUAUUCAGCUUUAAAAACUAUGGAACAGCUGGAAAAGAUAUACUUCCCAAGAGUGAGUCAGUAUCGUUUUUGUCAGAUAAUGAUUGACAACCUUCCGAAACUUCGUGAGGAAAUUAAAGAAAUUUCUAUGUCGGAUCUUAAGGACUUUCUGGAAAGUAUUCGGAAGCAUUCAGAUAAAAUUGGCGAAACUGCAAUGAAACAGGCACAGCAGCAGAAAACCUUUAAUACUGUUCUCCAUAAGCAAAACAAUCUCCAUUAUGGCAAGAAUGUAUAUAUAAAUAAUGAUGGAAUUCCAGGCCCAAGGAAUGAGAUUAUUUCAAAGCAAAAACUUGAGGAAGAGGAGGAGGAAGGACAUGAUGAUGAGGUUCUGACAGCACAUGAUCUGGUAGAUUUCUCUCCUGUUUAUAGAUGUUUGCAUAUUUAUUCUGUUCUGGGUGAUGCAGAGACAUUUGAAAACUAUUAUAGGAAACAAAGGAGGAAACAAGCAAGACUAGUGUUACAACCACAAUCGAACAUGCAUGAAACUGUAGAAGGCUACAGAAGAUACUUCAGUCAAAUUGUAGGUUUUUUUGUAGUGGAAGAUCACAUUUUGCAUGUAACUCAAGGACUUAUAACCAGAGCUUACACUGAUGAACUUUGGAACAUGGCAAUUUCAAAGAUCAUUGCUGUCCUUAGAACUCACUCAUCCUAUUGCACCGACCCUGAUCUUGUUCUGGAGUUGAAGAAUCUGAUUGUUGUGUUCGCUGAUACUUUGCAGGGCUAUGGUUUCCCUGUGAACAGACUAUUUGACCUUUUAUUUGAAAUAAGGGACCAGUACAAUGAAACCCUCCUUAAAAAAUGGGCAAUGUUGUUCAGGGAUAUCUUUGAAGCAGACAAUUACAGUCCAAUUCCUGUAUCAAAUGAAGAGGAAUACAAAAUUGUAAUUAGUAAAUUUCCCUAUCAGGAUCCAGAACUUGAUAAGCAGCCUUUUCCAAAGAAACUCCCGAUGUCUCAAUCAGUGCCUCAGAUCUAUAUCCAGGUUAAAGAAUUCAUUUAUGCAAGCCUUAAAUUUUCAGAGUCACUUCAUCGCAGUUCAACAGAGAUAGAUGACAUGCUUAGAAAAUCGACAAAUUUGCUACUGACUAGAACAUUAAGCAGUUGUUUACAAAACCUCAUCAAAAAGCCUCACAUAGGUUUGACAGAGCUGGUGCAAAUUAUCAUAAAUACAACACAUUUGGAACAAGCAUGCAAAUAUCUUGAGGAUUUUAUAACUAAUAUUACAAAUAUUUCUCAAGAGACUCUUCAUACUGCAAGACUCUAUGGUCUUUCAACAUUUAAGGAUGCAAGACAUGCUGCUGAAGGGGAGAUUUAUACCAAACUUAACCAAAAGAUUGAUGAAUUUAUUCAGCUUGCUGAUUAUGACUGGACAAUGGGAGAGCCAGAUGGGAGAGCCAGUGGCUAUUUAAUGGAUCUUAUUAACUUCUUAAGAAGCACCUUUCAGGUUUUUACUCACUUGCCUAAUAACAACAAUGACCAUGCAGCCAUGUCGGGAAAAGUAGCCCAAACUGCUUGUAUGUCAGCGUGCCAACACUUGUCAAACUCCUUAAUGCAGAUGCUGUUGGAUAAUGACUUAAAACAAAUAAGCAUGGGAGCCAUUCAGCAGUUUAAUUUAGACGUCAUACAGUGUGAAUUAUUUGCCAGUUCUGAGCCUGUGCCUGGAUUCCAUGGAGAAACCUUACAGUUAGCAUUCAUUGACCUCAGUCAGCUCCUGGACCUCUUCAUGGUGUGGGAUUGGUCGACUUACCUGGCCGACUACGGGCAACCGAGCUCCAAGUACCUGCGCGUCAAUCCGAGUACGGCCCUGGCCCUCUUGGAGAAAGUCCACCGGGGAAUGAAAGACGUUAAUAAAAAGAACAACAUAUUUGCACAGUUCAGGAAGAACGACCGCGAUAAGCAGAAACUGAUCGAAACGGUGGUGAGGCAGCUCCGAAGCCUGGUGAGCGAGAUGUCCCAGCACUCUUAAACGCCGGACGUUUCUGGCGGCGGCCACCGCCCGACUCUGCGAGCCGCCAGGGCCCCGGUUAGGAUACUCGGUUGAACGGGAAACGGAACGCAUCUUCUAGGACGGACUGGCCUAGAGAAACACGGAAAAAUCCUCUGCUUUUCUGAUGAUGCGCUGAGAACGAAACGAAAGGAAACGAACAGUGAAACAGGGAUGCCUUGUAAACAAUUAGUAGAGAAGCGGGACUGUGUAUUUACAAAGGCAAAUUGCCAAUUUGUACAUGUAACCGUUGGUUUGUAAAUACAUUCUUUGCGAUCAUCAGGCGAUGAUGUAUCAUGAUUUCCCCUAUCCUCUUCCAUUUCCAAAUGACUUGCGAAAGACUGCCGCCACCCCCCCUUUCUGUGAACGCUUUCUCCCCAAUCACUCCCGACUUUCCCAGUUUCCAGUGUCCCUCUCUCUGUAUUCUCCUGUAUUAUCUGUAUAUUAGUAGCCUUAACAAAUCCAACGCGGUUUUUAUACCAGAUGUUCUUUUUUGUAGUUGGGAAAUGGGUAGGAAGGGGGGGAGAAGCUUUUUGUAGUAUCCUUGAACACUACCUGGAUCAAACUCCGGCCUUGGGGAUGUUUGGACAACUUGACUUUUUUUUAAAAAGGAGAUUAUUACCUCCCCCUUCUCCGCCCCCACGCUACCCUCCCGCAACUUAAGGGAAAGGCGAUGCCCCCUUUGUGUGUACGGCUGUGUGUCGAUAUGGGUGUUAAUAGGAUUAAAUUCUCUGCCCCUUCUUUAUAUUCCAACUUCUGCACUGAAGCUUCCGUGAUCGAAACACGAACGAAUGUAUUAUAAAAACAAACCAAAUUUCAGGACGGGACUCGCGUAAAGAAUGUACCUUUCCCCCUUCCCUUUCCUGUUUCCUUUGGUUCCAUGUAUUAAGUUAUUUGACGGUCGAGAAUACAGUAAUAUAAACCUUA